AGCAAUUGCGCCCACGUUAAUGAUGAAGGACAACACACGCCAUUCCGCUACGCUUUACGAAGCCUGCGACCGGAAAUUUGUGAGCUUCUGCUUUCCAAGAGCGCCAACCUCCUUGAACCUGGUCGACGAAUGGCUUUAUGGCUCUACACUAUAUCACGACGCAAUAGCAUGUAACCGAGCGGACGCCUCGAAAAUCCGGAACGAUUGUCGGUUGACCUGUCGGAGGAGUAUUUUGACAAUGUGUGGCCUUUUGGAAGAUGUUUCUACUCGAAGGCGGCUCCAUCAACGCAGCGGACAGUGGCGGAAACACGCCGCUGCACUUCUUCUUGUUGGCGCCGGAAAAGAGUCAAACGCAAAAAUCGACGGCGAACCGCUGCCAUCUCGCCUACUACGACGUGCCGUUCCUGGCCGAUAGUGGCGUCAAUGUUUUUGCGGUGAACAAGGAGGGCGAGACGGCGCUGCACUUGGUUGCGAGGCGGGGGCCGUCGUAUCGCGCGGCUUCGGGUCACGACGAAGGGCUGUUUAGGGCGCUGAUGGCCAAAGGGGAUAAGAGAUGGAGAAGUGCAUCGGAUGUUGCGAGUGCCUGUAGCAAGAAAGAUAUUAUGACCAUUUUGGGAAGCGGUGAGUUAUUGGAGCGUGUCUUGACUAUCUCUUUUGGAUAAGGAACUCUUUAGGAAAACCCAGUCUAGAUCCACUCCUCAUUCCCAUGGUGGCUGAUCAUCAGUCCGGACUGCUCGGUGGUCAGAUUCUCAAUGACGUUCAGGACCAUCUUGAUGCUUUCUUC